AUGCCUACCAUUUAUUGUGACAAUCUUGGAGCCACAUUCAUGAGUAAAAAUCCGGUCCUCCAUAGCAAAGUGAAGCAUGAUGCAGUGGACUUUCACUUUGUUCGCCACCAUGUCAACAUCAAAAAGGUUCGAGUUGUUCAUAUUCAUGCUGCCGAUCAAAUCGCUGACACCCUUACCAAGGCACUGCCUAAGCUUGCUUCUGAGAAGAAUAUAUUCAAGUUAGCACUUACUCUGCGUUUACACAUAUUCAAUAUCUCAUCGCUGCAAAUUUUGUCACUGUGGAAGAACAAUCUUAGUGGAUUCUUACCACGGGAGAUUGGCAACUUAACCAAGAUGCAGAUUCUACAACUUAGUGGAAAUAAGCUUAUAGGUAAAAUACCCAAAGAGAUAAGCAAUCUUGUUGAGUUGGAGAAACUUGAUCUUUCUCUUAAUAGUUUUAGUGGUCCACUUGAUAUGGAGAUCUUCAACAUAUCAAGGCUGAGAAUAAUUGAGCUUUCACUCAACAAUCUAUCAGGAAGCCUCCCACCAAACAUGUGUUCUAUCUUACCCAACAUUGAAGAACUUUUUCUGGGUGGCUUAACCAAUCUUGUUGGAACUAUUCCUCAUUCCAUCUCCAAUUUUUCAAAACUUACUAAACUAGAGCUUUCAGACAACAAACUCACUGGCUUGAUCCCCAACUCACUUGGAUAUUUGACUAAUCUACAAUUCCUAAACUUGGGGGAAAACAAUUUCACCAGCGAUUCAUCAUUAAGCUUCCUGACUUCCUUGACCAAUUGUAAAAAUUUAACAGAUCUUUAUCUUCCUUUCAACCCUCUAAAUGGCAUGCUUCCAGCUUCCACAGGGAACCUUUCCAUCUCUCUUAGAAAAUUUUACGCUGGCAAUUGCAAAAUCAAAGGGCGAAUUCCAAAUGAAGUUGGGAACUUAAGAAGCUUAUUAGACCUUGAUCUUCCUGGAAAUAACUUGGUCGGAUCGAUUCCAACAUCAAUUGGCAACUUGAGAAGCCUCCAGCAGUUCAACUUGAAUAACAACAAACUUACAGGAUUUAUUGGUGAUAAUAUGUGUAAAUUGCAGCAUCUGGGUGAUAUUUACUUGGAUCAAAAUCAACUUUCAGGAUAUCUUCCUAAUUGUUUAGGGAAUAUUACAUCCCUUAGGGAGAUAUGUCUCGGUUCAAAUAAAUUGAGUUCCAAUAUACCACCAAGCUUAGGUAACCUUCAAGAUCUAGUGGUUCUUGACUUAUCAUCAAACAACAUUGUAGGUUCUUUACCUUCAGAAAUUGGAAAUCUAAAGGCUGCAACACUAAUAGAUCUGUCAAUGAAUCGAUUCUCAAAUGGAAUUCCUAGAUAA